AUGCGGGCUUACGCAACGGCCGCGAACCAGAUUCGACAACAUAACCUAAAACCGUCGCGCGCACGUUACGCGACGACGGCCGCCGGCAUUUCGGGUAUGCCCGUAAAUAUGCGCGCGGACGCCAACGUUGUGCGGGCGGACGGUUACGACAGCGGCGCGGCGUUCGGACGGUAUCGAUUGAAAAGGUGAAAAAAAAAAAAAAAAUUAUUCUAUUAAAAAUAUCGUCCGCGGCGUGCCCGAGACGCGCGCGUUCCCGGCGGUGACCGUCCGGUCCGAACUGCGCGCGCGAGCGACCUCGGCGCGAGCGGGUCGCACGGCCGUCCGUUCUCCCGAAAAAAACCGGACGGCAGACGCCCGCGGUGCUCGUCGAAAUCAGUUCGCAUUUUCGCGUCGGACGACCCCACGUACGAUCUGGUCGUUGUGUCGGACGACCGCUAAACGAUUUCUCGCGGUUAUGCCGACGGCCCGCGAAUCGUUCGUGUAAACGCGGACGGACUCCAGAAACGCCCCGCUGCGGGUACCGUCGCGCCGCGGUGAAUGCGAAAUCCGCGCGAAGUCCGGACCGUCCGUGCGCCGGGAUAAUAAUAAUAAUAAUGUUAGGCGCGUUAAAAUUCGAAAGAAACAAAACGGGGCGCGCGAACGUGACGCGUGUUUGUUUUUGUCUGAGGAACGUAAAGUGUCCCCUGUUUGUUGGCAACGAGGAUCCAUAACUCUAGUCCUUCGUUCCGCGGAACGGGUGGGCGAUUCGACUCCGUAUUUUAACAAAAAAAUUACGCAUGACCGCGAACCGAUUCCGUCUCUCCGGUAG